CGCCCUGUGUCGGGUGCAGGUUUUGUGCCUGCACUUUUUCUGCCUGCUGCCUUGCAGGAGCUGAGAAUCCAGCAGUUGGUUUGCUCCGGGCUGCGGUUCUGCCAUGGCUCCUGCAGCACUUCCCGGGCUCCUUCCCCUGUGUGCGUGUCUGCUGCUGACGCCUGGCCUGGCCCAGGCAGGCAAGCUGCUGGUGGUGCCCAUGGACGGGAGCCACUGGUUUACCAUGCGGUCGGUGGUGGAGAAACUCAUCCAGAAAGGGCACGAGCUGGUUGUGGUCAUUCCAGACGUGAGUUGGCACCUGGGACAAUCACUGAAUUGUACAGUGAAGACUUAUAAAACUUCUCACACCCUGGAGGAUUUGAACCGUGAGUUUGUGAGUUUUGCCGACGAUCAAUGGAAAAGUCGGCCACAAACUUUAUAUUCUUUUUUAAUGACUUCAGCCAGAGGUUUUUUUGAACUUGUGUUUUCACACUGUAAGAGUUUGUUUAAUGACAAAAAAUUAGUAGAAUACUUAAAAGAGAGUUCUUUUGAUGCUGUGUUUCUGGAUCCUUUUGACAUGUGUGGCUUAAUCGUUGCCAAGUAUUUUUCGCUCCCCUCUGUGGUCUUCAGCAGGGGAAUAUUUUGCCAUUAUCUUGAGGAAGCCGCGCAGUGCCCGGCUCCUCUUUCUUAUGUUCCCAGAAUGCUCUUAGGGUACUCGGACGCCAUGACUUUCAAGGAGAGAGUACGGAACCAUAUCUUCCACUUGGAGGAGCAUUUAGUUUGCCCCUAUUUUUUCAAAACUGUCUUAGAAAUUGCCUCUGAAAUUCUCCAGACACCUGUCACAGAAUAUGAUCUCUUCAGCCACACAUCAAUCUGGCUGCUGCGAACAGACUUUGUUCUGGACUAUCCCAGGCCUGUGAUGCCCAACAUGAUCUUCAUCGGUGGCAUCAACUGCAAGCAGGGAAAGCCGUUGCCUGAGACACCUGUCACAGCAUACGACCUCUUCAGCCAUACAUCAAUCUGGCUGCUGCGAACAGACUUUGUUCUGGACUAUCCCAGGCCUGUGAUGCCCAACAUGAUCUUCAUCGGUGGCAUCAACUGCAAGCAGGGAAAGCCGUUGCCUGAGGUGAGUUGUCUCUCUUUUAGCUCAUGAGGAAUUACCUGACUUUGGUCA